AUGGUCCUGCAGGCGCGGAACAAGCACCGGGAAGCGGCCCCCAAGCCGCCCCAGCCGCCCCGCGCCUCUCAGUCGCCGCUAAGGGGGACGCCAGAUGUCGGCGCCGGGGAACCCGGGCCCGAGCGCGCGCCCCCGUCCCCUCGGCGCAAGGGCGCCGCGGGCAGGAAGGGGCUCCGCGCGGAGCCCGCCGCGCCGGCGGCCGGGGGCGGCCUCGGGGGGCGCUUGGCGGCUCGACUAAGCGGGGCGCUGGGCCUGCGGCGCUCGGGGCGCGGCCGGACCUGGACCACGCUCCUGUUAGCUGCCUUUGCAGCAGUGUUGCACUGGAGCCAUAUAACACACCUCUUUGAAAAUGAUCGUCAUUUUUCUCACCUCUCAACUUUGGAAAGGGAGAUGGCCUUUCGCACUGAAAUGGGACUAUAUUAUUCCUACUUUAAGACUAUUGUGGAAGCACCCUCAUUUUUGAAUGGAGUAUGGAUGAUUAUGAAUGAUAAGCUCACUGAAUACCCCCUUGUUAUUAAUACAUUAAAAAGGUUCAAUCUUUAUCCUGAGGUAAUCUUAGCCAGCUGGUACAGGAUUUACAUCAAAAUAAUGGAUUUGAUUGGUAUUCAAACCAAGAUAUGUUGGACAGUUACCAGAGGAGAAGGACUCAGCCCUAUUGAAAGCUGUGAAGGAUUGGGAGAUCCUGCUUGCUUUUAUGUUGCUGUAAUUUUUAUUUUAAAUGGACUAAUGAUGGCAUUAUUCUUCAUAUAUGGCACAUAUUUAAGUGGCAGCCGAUUAGGAGGCCUGGUUACGGUGUUGUGCUUCUUUUUCAAUCAUGGAGAGUGUACUCGUGUGAUGUGGACACCUCCUCUUCGUGAAAGCUUUUCAUAUCCAUUCCUUGUACUUCAGAUGUUGCUUGUGACUCAUAUUCUCAGGGCUACCAAAGUUUAUAGAGGAAGCUUGAUUGCACUCUGCAUUUCCAAUGUGUUUUUUAUGCUUCCGUGGCAGUUUGCUCAGUUUGUACUUCUUACUCAGAUUGCAUCAUUAUUUGCAGUAUAUGUUGUGGGAUACAUUGAUAUAUGCAAAUUACGGAAGAUUAUUUAUAUGCACAUGAUUUCUCUUGCACUUUGUUUUGUUUUGAUGUUUGGAAACUCAAUGUUAUUAACUUCUUAUUAUGCUUCCUCUUUGGUAAUUAUUUGGGGUUUACUGGCAAUGAAACCACAUUUCUUGAAAAUAAAUGUAUCUGAACUUAGCUUAUGGGUUAUCCAAGGAUGUUUUUGGUUAUUUGGAACUGUCAUACUCAAGUAUCUGACAUCUAAAAUUUUUGGCAUUGCAGAUGAUGCUCAUAUUGGCAACUUGUUAACCUCAAAAUUCUUCAGUUACAAGGAUUUUGAUACUUUAUUGUAUACCUGUGCAGCAGAGUUUGACUUUAUGGAGAAGGAGACUCCACUGAGGUAUACAAAGACAUUAUUGCUUCCAGUUGUUCUUGUUGUGUUUAUUGCAAUCAUUAGAAAGAUUAUUAGUGACAUGUGGAGUGUCUUAACUAAACAACAGGCACAUAUAAGAAAACACCAGUUUGAUCAUGGAGAGCUGGUUUAUCAUGCAUUGCAACUGUUAGCAUACACAGUUCUUGGUGUUUUAAUUAUGAGACUAAAACUCUUCUUGACACCACACAUGUGUGUUAUGGCUUCCUUGAUCUGCUCAAGACAGCUGUUUGGAUGGCUCUUUUGCAAAGUACAUCCUGGUGCUGUUGUUUUUGCUGUGUUAGCCGCAAUGUCAAUACAGGGUUCAGCAAAUCUGCAAACCCAGUGGAAUAUUGUAGGGGAGUUCAGCAAUUUGCCACAAGAAGAACUUAUAGAAUGGAUCAAAUAUAGUACUAAACCAGAUGCAGUGUUUGCAGGUGCCAUGCCCACAAUGGCAAGUGUGAAACUCUCUGCACUUCGGCCCAUUGUGAAUCAUCCACAUUAUGAAGAUGCAGGGUUGAGAGCCAGAACGAAAAUAGUAUAUUCAAUGUAUAGUCGAAAAGCAGCUGAAGAAGUGAAGCGAGAAUUGAUAAAGUUACAAGUGAAUUAUUACAUUCUGGAAGAGUCCUGGUGUAUAAGAAGAUCCAAGCCUGGUUGCAGUAUGCCCGAAAUCUGGGAUGUGGAAGAUCCUGCUAAUGCUGGGAAACCUCCCUUAUGUAACAUCUUGGUGAAGGAGUCCAAGCCUCACUUCACCACUGUAUUCCAGAACAGUGUUUACAAAGUCUUAGAAGUUAUAGAGGAAUGACCGCUGCCUACAGAGAAGUCCACCAGUAAUGGUUUUCCUGUUUUGCUAGUAACUCAUGCCUUGUUUUUAAUUCAGAUCCCCAAAACUUUCGUAGGCAACUGUUUUCAAAUGGAAAACGUCUUAUUUGGUCAAUUCGAAUGUCAUCCUGAUUGUAAAAAUACUUAAGCCUUUAUCAGUUGGUUACUGUUUCAGUGCAGCCCUUAAAAUUUGCUAUGCAAAUGAGUACAUGCUUGUACUUGACUUAAAUAUUUGUGCUAAAGUGAGCAAAGCUCGUGUAUUAAAAAAUAUGAUGGGUCGUGGAAAGGGUGAUAUGAACAUAGAGUCAAUUCUGAGCUGCGUAGGGGCUGCUUUUACAGUUCAUGGACUAUCGAUGCCCCUUGCUUUUUUUCCUACCUUUUGCUCUUGUUUUGUGAACAUUUCAGUGAUUAUUGUGAGCCCCUGUUGUCAACCUCAGUGAGAGUAGAUGGGGCAGAUAUGGGUAUUUGCUAUGGAGAAUUAUCUGUUUAUUCCACUUCACAUUCCUAUGCACUCUGUUGCUUGGGUUAAUGAAGCGUUUUCUGCUCAUUAUUAAUCCAGACUCUUGGAUGUAGUGACUAGGACCAAAUUCUUGUAACUACCAGUCAUGUGGCAUUAGAGUGUGUGUGUGUGUGUGUGUGUGUGUGUGUGUGCACGCACACGCAUGUGCUUCUGUCUCUUUCCCAACAUUCUUUGUCUGUUAAGUGUUGUUCACUUAUUUAGUUGGUUAACACGUACUUAUUCUUGGUUUAAAAAAUUUAAUGACAGUUGUGUACUUUUCUCAUUUUUGGUAUUAUUCAAAUGUUUAUAUUUUAAUACCUUUAAGCCACUUAAAAUUUUUCAUGUAUAAUUGUAGUUUUAAGAAAAACUAUUUUGAACAACCCUAAAUAUAAUGCAUCUAGAAACUAAUGUAUAUUUGAGUAGACAUAAUUUAUAGUGCAACUGUAGGCUAUAGUAUAUGGUAAUUUUUCUUUUAUUAUUAAGAUACAAUAAAGUAUGACUAAUUUUUCUGUCAAACAAGUAAAUGAAUAAUGUUAAGUGAGUGAGGUUUUUAUAUUUUACUUUUAAAAUUGCCUGUCUUUAAUAAGACAAAGCCUUAAGCCUUAUGUUAUAAUUUGGGUUCCAAAAACCAUCAUUUCCGUAUGAGGAGUGAAUAUAUUCAGGCUUCUCUACUUCUUUUCUUUCUUGUUUAUUUUUAUUUUGAAAAAUUUGCAAACUUGCUUUAAAUUCUUAGUAUGAAUUGUUGUUUCUUAGAAGUUAAUUUGUGUGAAAUGAGAUUCUUCAAAACAGUGAGUCCUCAUAGUUCUGAGGAAUGGCUCUAAGAUAUAACGUUCUAAGCAAACCGUGACUCUGGCAGAUUACACAUUUAAUUACACAGUGUUCUCUUUAUUAACCACAGGCAGAUUAACCUCAUUGUGGAUUGUCCUGGAGACCUGAGUCCUCAGGGACGGUUUCCAGUGCCCGCUCCGGGGAGCCACUGAAGAGCUGUUCUCUUUCUGCCUUCUCACCAGAGCCCAAGGACAAGCCUGGUCUGGGGGAAGAAGCAUUAGCUUGCUUAGAGCAGACAGCUGCCGAGACAGCCUGGGCUGAGGAGUGUGCAGCCCCCCGCCUGCCCAGAGCCCGCCUUUCCCAGGGAGCCUUCUCCUGGCCUGAGAUUGUCAGUGUCUUCAGGGAGCAUGCUUCAGUGGAACUUGCAAGGAGCAAGGAGCAGAUAAGGUGAUUUUUAACCAAGAACAGAUAAGGUGCCUGAAGGCCAGCUCACGUGUCUGUGUCUGCCUGCCUUGGUGAUGAUGCCCUGCUCUUUGGCCAGGCCCCUCAGGUCUGCACUCAAGAAGAUCCAGGCUUAUGGUCCCUUUUGACACCGGAUGCAAAAGGAAGAGGCAAAGUCCUUUCUAUGUGGAUGUGCAGAGUUGUCCAAAUGAAGUGAUGAAGAAAGGUUAAGAUGCAUGUUUGGUUGAAAAGGGAUACUUUUUCUCAUAAUUAGUCACAAAUGAAAGCCAUUAAAAAAGAGAAAGUACCCCUUACUUUCGACCUUGCUCUGGAGGACCAGCAUUUGUAUUCUUCCUACAAAUCAUUUGUUGAUACAAUGGGACCACGAGGUUGGCUUCUACCAACACAUCCAACUGCCAAGCAACUCCAUCUGCAGAGGAGACGCAAAGUGCCAAUGCCUGAAAAUGAAUUUGUUGGCAUUUCAAGGACAAACAUCUCUUUGACUACUACUAAUGAACCUUCAAUCCGAAAAUGGCAGGAAAAUCUAGGACCAGGUAAGCCUUUUAUUUACUUCUUAAAUUGUAAUUAUAAGAAACACAUACCACCAUGCUUCUUUAGUUCCCUCUGCUUGCCCAAGUCUGGACCCUGGGCUAGCGAUGUCUCUGUCCAUUGAUUCUGGUGCUGACCAGUCAGACAGACAGCUCGGAGCAGGGAAGGAAGGAGCGCCUUUCCUGGCUGGCUGAACAGUUCAUGGCUUCAUGUUGGCCAGCACUUGCCAAGCAGGUAACACACACUGAUUAGGACAUUUGCCCCAAGGGAUGAAAAAUGCAGGGUGGAGAAGUUGGCUCAGUCUUUUGUGCACAUACCCAAGGUGGUGAUCAGGACCCAGGAAAGCUGGUAGGGCUCAGCCUAGCACUACCACUGCUCCAGGGUCUACAUGAAUUCUGGCUUGGAAAGAACCUGCAUCUCAUGCCUCUCAAUUCUUUCCCGACAUGUCAUUCUGGAGUCCCGUGAUCUUUGCUCCCUACAGAAAGAACAGAGCAGGAAAGGAAAAUAAUUUGACCCGAUGCAAAGGAGAGUAGGGAUGUUAAGAGAUCACAGUUAUGGAGGAUGUUUUAAGGAUCAGACACUGUGCUAAACACUUUACAUGCAGUACCCCUCUGCUUCCUUCCCCCCAUUCACAGCCUUCCUUCCCACCUGGUCAGCACCAGAGCCCAAUGGACAGAGACAUCACUGACCAAGGGGUAGGCAUGGCUAUUAACCUCAUUGUACAGGUGAGGAAAUUGAGGUUUAUGGAAGUUAAAUAACUUUCUCUAGGUCACAUGUAGCUAUGAAUCCGCAGUGGUAGCCUCAAACCCAAACCUGAAACCAUUCUACGAUUCUCUCUCCUAUGGGUUUUUCCACCUACUCCCUGAAGCUUAUGCAGUAAAACAGCUGAAAAACAGCAAAAUGACUGAGCAGUUGUGGGAGGGAUCUAAUUUCAGCUCUGCAACUAAUUAUUCAUAUAAUCUCAAUAAUGCCACUUAGCCUUGGGAGGCUUAAUUUAUCUGUAAAACGAUAGUAAUGCUUCUUGUCCUGCUAUCACCACAGCAUUGUUUUGAAGCAACUCAUGUGGAGAAGUUUUGAACUGUAAACAAACAAACAAACAAAAGGGUCUUCCACAUGUGACCUGAUUAGGAUGGUUGCUAUAGGAGUGAUGUGGUAGAGGAGGAAGAGCAUGAGCCAUGGCUAGGGUGUGGCUUUGAAUUUGUCACACUAGCAGACCCCUUUUGACCCUUGAGUGUCUCAUCCAUAACCUGCAAGGAAGCUCUGGCAUGAGGAAGACACACAGCAGAGCUGAGCGCAGUGGCCAUCCUCCUGUCUGACCUGGGCAGGAAUGCCCCUUACCCACAGGGGAAGCAGAUAGAGCUGCUGAAAACACAGUAGAUGAGGGGGUUGAUGGCACUGUUCAGGGCCGGAAGGUUCUGAAUGAUCACAGAGGCGUAGAAACGGUCCUUGGUGUUUGGAAGGAGGCUGAAAUUGUCCAAAAUGUCGAAGAGGAAGUACGGACUCCAACAGCAGAUGAAGGCUGGGGAGAAGAAAGCCAUUAGCACCAGAGCAGCCCGCAGCCCAGGGGCCCCUCUGUGUUGGCCUUGACUGGAGCUUCAACUAAGAGUUUCCUUCGUACCUGGGAUCUCUCAGAAAUAUUUAGAACAGUUAAGCAUCAUGUUUACUUAAAUACAUACACAUACAUGCAUACACAUCCCACAGGUACAUUUCUAAAAUUGAGUGAAUUUGCUGGAGCUUAUUUAUCUGUAAAAGGGGGGGUCUCAUUUGACCAUUGUUGUGACUUUUUAUUGAAAGGCUGGGAAUAUUUCAGCAUGGCCUUAGCCUCUCAUUCUACACAGUGUGAAAGAAAAACCAGCAACACUCUUUGGAGACUCUAUGGGGAAAGACAGAACAGAGGGCACUUUGCCAAGAUAGCAACUCCUUGUUGGGGGGUAUGGCGAAGGGAAGGGGUGGUACCUAGUGUUUCAAAACACAGCCUGGCUCAGUCACAAGAUUCUAAGUUUUUUUUCCCAUUUCUAGGUCAGCCACUCCAGAAAACACCCACUCUAUAUCCCAAAUCAGUUGGUGUGUAUAUGAGACUCCGAUUCUGUUUAAAUUCAAAUCCCGAGGAUUGGAAAUGGAGACCCAGAGUGUAAUGACCAAUUUAUGUGUCACCUUAUCUGGUUUCAGGGACUCUGAGACAUUUGGUUAAAUAUUAUUUCUGGUUGUUUCUGUGAGGCUGUUUCUGGAGGAGAUGAGCAUGUGAAUUUGCACACUAAGGAAAGCAGACUGUCCUCCCCUGUGGAGUGAGCCUCAUUCUGUCCCCCAAAAGCUUGAAAAGAGUGAAGAGGCUGAUGAGAAGGGAGUCUUGCAGCCAGGACUUUGGUCUUCUUUUGCCUUCACACCGAUUCAGACUGAACUUCUACCAUUGGCUCUCCUGGGUCUACCAUCAGCUCUUCUCAGCUCCACAAUCAGGUACAUCUGAUUGGUGCUAAUGUAAUGAAUGGGGCUGAACAACUAUAUGGAAAGCUGCAGGGACUGAGAAUGGCAAGUGUUUCUGAGCUCCUAAUCAACUUGCUUGAAGAUAUUUUUCGGAAAAGAAUUGGAAGAAAUUCAGAGGAAGAGAGAGCCCAGAAAACAAGGAAUAAAGAAAUUCUGAGCUGCCGGUGGAAACUUUGGGAAAAGGUCAGUCAAGAUGGUUGAGAACUGAAUAUUGGUUAUGUUUACCCAAACUAUGGAAACUAAAGAAAAGUAGAAAGUUGGAAGAGAAGAAGGACUAUAUGUUGUAUCAUCACCAAAAACAAUAGUUAUUGCGUUCAUUUUUCUAGCUUAUCUGAGAAGAGGCUUGGAGAGUCUACAGUCAGUCACCACAGUCUUCCAGCCUAUGGGCUUCCUGUGAGAAGAUGGAUGUAGUUGUCAAGGGCCUCAAGCCCAGCAGAAGGUUUUUUCCUGAGGGUCUUUUCACAACAUGAAAUGUAGAGCUGAGAGUAUUUCUUCAGAGGUGAUAUCACGCUUGUUUGGAUACUUGGAAGAUUCCUAAAAAACCUUAGCUCUUGGUUUUCUGGGGACUGGGAUCGAGAGUGGAUUCUUGAUGAUGAGUAUCUCUUCCACUUACCACCAAGGCAAUUUUUUGCUUUUUUUCCCACUGUUGCUCUGAAUCUGCAAUGAAUCAGAAUUCCUGUUAUUCCACAUCUUCACUAGCAUUUGAUGUUGUCUGUGAUCUGGAUUCUGGCCAUUGUAAUAGGCCAGUGUCAGAAGAUUUGAAACCAUACACCUCAGACUGGGACUUGAACCCACUGUUUUUCUUUAAAUUGAAAUCACACACCUGGUCCAGGACUUACCGAAAUUCAGGAUUUUACAUCUCAGCACAGAAGAAAUUCAUCAAGAGGCAAAGUAAUAGAGCCCACACCUGCUGGACAUGCACACUGAUUACUUCUUAUUGGCUGAUGAAUAGCUCUUCAGAUGACACUUUAAAGAUGAUGCACUCUGGAGUUCCUGUCAUGGCGCCGCGAAAACGAAUCCGACUAGGAACUACGAGGUUGUGGGUUCGAUCCCUGGCCUUGCUCGAUGAGGAAAUUGGAGCAGAAAGAAGUCACAUAAUCACCUUUCAGAAGAGUUAGGAUUUGAACCAGAACUUGCUGCCGCUAUAUUCACUCUCCUACUCUUCUCAGGGUAAUCUUAACGGGACUUUUUCAUGGUUUCAGCCUGGAAGUGGCAUAAUCACUUCUGCUCACAUUCCAUGGGCUUGAACAAAUUGCAUGACCCCAUCGAGAAGAGAAGAAUUAUUUCUGCCACACGUUUAAGGAUGGCUCUGACAAUUGAAAUUCUGUUUGCUGUGGGCACCAGUGAUGAUACUUACUGAUCAGGGAGACACCCUCUCUCUGCCUGUCUGAUCUUCUGUUUAACAACCACCGAAGGGCUGUUUCCUUAAGAUCACGCCCACCCGUAAUCCACCUCCACGCAGACGACAGCUAAUGGGGCCGGGCUGCCCACGUGGAUCUCCCAGAUAAUGUUGACAGAAGCCAAAGGAAGAAGAUGGCUACCAAACCAAGGAGAGAGGCCACAGAGGAAAUCAGACUUGCCAACAUAUUCAUCUUGGAUGUCUAGCCUCCAGAACUGCAUCCAAGAAGUGUUUUUCCAGUGGGGCAUUUCUGCUGAUGCUCAGAGGCUUGGGAGGCAUUGGGAUGGGCAGCUGUCCACUAGUUGAGUCCUGGCAUGGUGCUCACUGUGCAGCCCAGAAAUCCAGCCAGCUGCGCAACUACAGGCACCAAGGAAAGACGACCUGAGGGUGCAGCAAGAAGGCAGCUGACUGCAAGCCAGGAAGAGAGCUCUCACCAGGACCCAAAGACCCUGGCAUUCUGAGCUCAGCUUUCCAGCCUCCUUAGUUAUUUACCUGUGAUGGCCAGCUGAGUCACAAAGAAGGUCAUUCUCGACUUCCUCUUCCUCCUCCAUGUAGAGAACAGCACAACGGCAUUUCCAACAAUGGUGAAAACAAAGAGGACCCACAGAGUUAUCAACUGCUCAGUCUGUAAGAAACAAAGUAACACAAAACCUGUGUAUCAGAAAGGACCAGCAUGCUGCACAGAAGGAGGCUCAAAACCAAGUAGCUAGAAGAAACCCGGCGCAACCAGAAAUGGAAGAGCCGAAGCAGAUGUGAGGCCAGGGCAUGGAGCUGAACCUCCUGGUGGAUGAGAACAGGAUCCUCUCAACAAGCUGCCCAGGAGUUCUGACUUAGAUCUUGAUACUGCAAGUCUCGUCCUGACUAAAACUUAAUGGCUGUGUGACCUUGGUAAGAUCACUUUAGUUCUCUGGCCCUCAUCUGCCCAAAGAGGUUGGUCUGUUAAGUUAUUCCACAGGCUCCUGGGCAGGGCCUUUUCUGAGGUGUGUUCCAGGGGCAUUUGCCUUCGUGGCAGGUAUAAUUAGACGUAACAUUGUAAUGCUAUGUGGCCAAGUACAUUUAGGAAAUUCAGGUUAAGCAUAAUUAAACACUUUGCUUUACUGAAAGGCUUCUCAGAAACUUUAUUAGACUGACACACCCUCUAAGUAUAUGCUGAUACAUAUGAUGUGCUGUUUCCCCAACUUUUUGGCGGGAUAGUCCCCUUUUAUCUGCUUAGCAACUCACAUAACUAGGAUGCUAUGGAACAUCCUUUGGGGAAUUCUGAUAUGGUAAAAAAAAAAAGCUCGUGUUUGGGAACCAGAUCUGGGUUCCAAAUUUUGGGCUAUGAACUACUGUGUGAACUUAUUUUCUCUGAGCCUCAUCUUCCUUCUCUGUAAGUCAAGGAUAAUAAAGCCUAGCUCAGAGUUGUAGGAGUUACACUAGUCUGAUCACUGGAGGGGAGCAAAAUUUGCCACCCCAAAACAUAUCUCUAUGGCAUGAAGAUUGACACAGGCUGAUUAUUUUUAAGAAAGAGAAGAUUCGGUAAGUCUUUUUUUUUUUUUUUAAACUCCACCUUAACUGCCUAAAGAAAUGAGAUAAAAGGUCUGUUCCCAGAAUGGAGUCUCACACCAGAGACGUCUGCAAAGAAUUGGGGAGGGUCCACUCUGUGUCCCAUUGUUUCGGCAUGACCCAGCAAACAUUUAUUUACCAAACAUUUGCCUUUCCAUCUCUUCAUGAAUCACCUUCCUCCCUUCUGAAGUCUCAAACCACUGCUCUCAACAUCUUCGUUCCUCUGUAGAUGAAGAUGGCCUUUAAGGUGAGGGCUUGGACCGUUUUGGUGAAUUACUCAGUUUUCCUGGGGCUCUCCCAUGUAUACGUGUUAUUAAACUUUUGUUUGAUUAUCUCCAACCAAUCUGUCUCAUGUCAAUCUAAUUCUUAGAACAGACAGAAGAAUCCAGAAGAGAAGAGGAAGAUUUCUUCCUCUCUGACAUCACCGAUAUCUCCUGCUUCUCCCCGAGGGAGGAUUAUUUUUCUCUAUUCCAUUGAUAUCAGAUCUGACUAUGAACUUAACUCUGACCAGUGAAUUGUGAGCAGAAGGGAAACGUGCCAUUUCUGGGCAGAAGCUGCAAGAACCAGCACAGGCUUCCCUAUUCUCUUUGUCUGUCUGUCUGCCUGUCUUCUAACUCUGGUUUAUGGAAGCCUGUGUUGUGACCAAGACAAAUCAGUAUCAAGGCUUGAAGACCUUUAAUUGGAGGUCCACAGAAUUACAAUUUUGGAGACACAGACUGGAGUGAAACUGAGUGGUCCAGGGAAGAGAAAGAGGCAGGGGGUUUAUAAAGACAAAAAGCCACAAGGUUGUUAAAGUUGCCUAACAACAAUUGUGAUUGACUCUGAUGCAAGUCAGGAAAUAACUGGUCCAUAGCAAUCACAGGUUGUUCUUGGAUAUGAGUCCAAUAAGUAGACAGGCUGUCACAAAUUAUUUUAGGGUAGUGGUUCCAUAAGUGUCUUGAGUUUCUGGCAGAUGUUGCAAUGCCUUCCUUAGGACAACACGUGGUCAAAAGGUCAGAUUCCAUCCAGGCUGACACAUGCCUGAGUCACACUUUGUCCGUGGCUGCCGGGCUCCAGUGUAGAGAGCUCUCUUAGCAGCAGUGGUUCUCUUGUGAUUUUCCUCCCACGGUUGAGAUGGAGCUUCCAUCAGCCUGAGUCCCCAAGUGACUAUAAUAAGCAGAGGCCCCUUAUUAACCUCUGAUAAACAUGUGUGGCACCAAGAGAAACUAAACAUUAUGGUUUUAAUUCUCUGACAAUACCUGGCUAUUUGUUACUACAGCAUAACCAAGUUUAACCCGAGUUAGUGAAGAGGUAAAUAAAAUAAUCAAUGAAAAAGACUAAGUGCUUGGCAGAGUCAGCAUCCAGUCGAUUACUUCAAGUUUUAUCUUGGGCUAGGGAAAAAAAAAUCUCAAAAGGGACUAACUACAUUGGAAAGGUAAUCAAAUUUAUUCUUAAGCCAAAACCAAAACAAUCUUCGGUUGGCCUGGAUUGCUGUGUUGCCAGGGACGAUGCUCCAUGACCCUAAAUGAAAGAAAGGAGACUUGCACUUGGGCGAUAACACUAUUCUCUUCCUUUCUAGUUAAAUUAGAAGUGGUGAAUAAUGGUUCUUGAGCGAACACUGGUUCAACACCUAUAUGUGAGUGGAAUUCUAAGAGCUCUGGGAAAAUUGCUUGUGCGGUGCAGCGCCUGAAACACCGCAGGCCGGGGCGAUUCAUGGCUGCAGGCCCACAGAGCAUUGAGGCGAGGAGACCUCAGGAGCUGGAAGAAGAGGAAUUAAGGGGAACCUUCCUCCCUGUGCUGCUGCUUCACCGAAGUCCAGCGAUCCCCUAGACCCUGUAUAACCUUCACCAUCUCACGCCCAGGGAGCUCAGGAUGGCUGCUGCAGCUCCAUUCAAGAAAGCCGUGCGUCUGAAUUCAAGGGAGAAAGAAGGGAGGACAUAAAAUGCCAGCCAUGUCUCUCUCCUUCUAUCAGAAGAAGAGAAACCUUUAUCAGAAGCCUCACAGACUUCCAGUUGACUUUCUCAAACUGUGCUACUUUUUACUCCCCGGAGACUAGGAUAAUGAGUAUUCAGCUGGGAAAGUCAGAAGGGGGUUGAGACUUGGAAUCAAGCAGACAGCACUGUUACCUGCAGGAGCCCUUUCAGGACCUGUUCCUGAACGUGGUUUCCUCUUUUCCAGGCUCAGGACUCUCGGAGGGUCUCAUCAAGGUCGGGCAUGGCUGCUGGCACUGGAGACACAGGGGUGAAACAAGAAUCAGCUCCUAUCCUCAGGGAGCAGAGUUUGUGGAUACCAUGAGAUAGAUAACACAUGCGCAGACAUGCAAUGGCAAGUCCUCCUGGGGUUCUACCAUUACCCCCACUGUGCUGCCGCUUAUGACUUUGAAAUGAAACAUGCUUUGUUGAAAGGUGAGGGGGCAGUUGAGCUUGGAUGUGCUAUCAGAAGAAAAAGCUAUGAGCAAGGCACUUCUGCCAAAGGAGCUCUACUGGAAGAGCUGGCCAGGACCCAGGGCUCCUGGAUUCCAGGAAGGGGGCAUCCCUGACAUUGUCUUGGGGUCCCAAGAAGGAAGAGACACAGGCAAGUUCUGCAGGGGUGUGAUGGGACAAGAGGAGAGUUCAAAGAAGCGGGCAAGUAUCAAAGAGGAGCUGGCAGUCACUGAUGGUGCACAUGCUGCAGAAAUGCUCAGUAGAUAGAGUUCUCAGAAAUGAGUUGUUAACCUAAAUAUAAUACAAACAAGCACAGUAUAUUUAAGCUUCUUAAAUUGAGCUUUUCCUAAAGCCUAGUGUGAGAUAAUUGGGCUAUGGCUUGAGCUGGAAUUGGCUUUUGUUGUAUUAAUGGAGGGAGGGUGUGUUCAGAAAAGUCACAGUGAGGUGGCGGGCAGAGGAUGCACAAAGGAAACAAACUGUGUCCAAUCACCCUCAAGCACGCAGAAGCAACCAUUUCCAUACAAACAGUAGUCAGACUAAUCGCAUAUCAUCUGUAACAACCCACUGAAGGAGAUUCAAUAGAAGAUCGUCUUCAGGUAAUAUUUCAGCGGUCUCCUUCCGGUUUCUCCCCUCACCUGAGAGUAAUCAAACUGAGUUCAUUUGCAUUAUUUUAUAAUUUAGGCAAUUUACUAAUUCAGGCAGUUUUCCCUCCCGGUUACUUUGAAUUAAUUUUCUCAUCAUUAAGAAUCAGGGAUUCAGGAAACACUGCUAGUGAAUUCACCUGCAGUAUUAAAGGCUGUUAACAGAGUGGCAGCUUUGUCUUCCACUUGGACAGGUUUACAUCCAAAUCCCCCAUUCACUUUCUGAUGAUCCAGGUCCCAUCCUCCUAGGAAACAUCUAGUAGAUUCUUGAAGCCCAUGUAAUUCCUCAAUGCUAGGAACUAAGGACGUGAACUGGACAGGACUUGAACUUGAGAAAUUGGAAACUGUGAAGGAAACUGGAGCCUGAGCUGAGAACCUUGAACCCAGGAGCACACAGGGUUAGUGGCAUAAAGCCCAUAUCAGAGGAAGGGGUCAGGAAGUCAGCUCUGCCUUCCCUGCUGACAUCAAGGACACACUUAGGAUGGCAGAGUAGGUUAGAGUGGUGGGGACCAGAGGUGAGAAUUUGGAGAUGGAGGUGGGAAGAAGGAAAAGGCUCUAAGCUUGGGAAGAAGGGCCAGUAAGAUCUAGAUAGGGAUGUUUACCUCCUACCAAGAGAGCUUUGGGUUCAGAGGAGAACUAGAGGGCCACGUAGGAAACCAAGUUAGAGCAGAGGCAUGUAGACUAAGGCAGCUGAGACUCGGUGAGGCAGCAACAGCGUGGGUAUGUGUUGCCCAGGGCUAAACUAGGUACCAGGUACCGGUGUUUGAUGCCACAGCUACUUCCAUACUCCACCCACCGGAAACCGUAACUUAAACCUGAUCACGUUGGCUUAGCAACGGAAUAAGGAUGAGCUGACUGUAGCUGUAGAGAAGGACCUUGAUGAGCUCAGCUUGGAGAGACCAGGCAGGGCAGGGCUGGUGCGGGGUGGGGGAUGUAAAUGGUUAACAAGACCCCAUCUCUGAUACUGAGAAAGCAAACUUCCUGUUGCCCAGUCUGACAACAUGUAGACCAUUGACAGAAACGCAACGCCACCCUUGAUUAAGGCAGUCAAUAUUUGUUGAGUAGGCCUAGUAAGGUGCUGGUUUCUGGAGAAAAUGGGAAACAAACAUCAGGCAUUCCUUUCACUAAAUGGCGGUAGAGGACAGAGUUGAAUUAAGUGGCAAAGAGAGGGGUACACUCCAAGACACUACUGGAUCUUGGGCGGGUGGGGGGUAGUUUGGGGGGGGUCAGGGAGGAGGCAUCCCAAGAGGAGAGCCUUAAAGACUAGGUAGCAUUUAGAUAAAUGCAGAUGAGGAUGGAAGGCGAUUCCAGAGGGAAAGCUACACCGUGGGUUGAGAAUUAAAUGAAAUACUUCACAAAAGUCACUCAGAAAGAUUCCUGUCACCAAGAAAGCCCCCAGCAAAGAAAUGUAAGGCAGUUGCUGUUGCUAUUAGUUCUGCUACUGCUGUUACCAUUUUAAUUUUUAUGACCUUUUUACUGUUUUUGGAAAAGGCAAUGGGGAUUAAAAGGACACGUCUGGAAGACAGUAAAGAAGCACAGUUCUGACUUUCUUCUUGAGAAGGACGUGGGACCAAAAGGAUCACAGUGAAUAAGAGUUUGCAUCAGAGCUGCUUCUGUAUCAACAGUGCGUCAAAACUGCCUGUGCUCAAAGGGGACCAUGGAAAAAGUUACACUGGGACACUUAAACUAGUUCCACCAACACCGCCACUGAUUGCUGUGUCACUAAAAAUCGCUGUUUUAGUGAAUGAUUACAUCACUCAAAACAUAAAACGGAACAUUCUAAGCUCCUGGCCAGACAGAUUUCCUCUCUUCCUGCUUCUGUGUCUAGUGGUCCAGUUCCUUGCAGGCAAGCUUAUUAACAAAUGAGAUUAAAACUAUGUGAUUCUCCUUAGUGCCUAGAGAUCACGCUGCCAGGACAAAGUACAAACACUAGAAGAGCACGAGCAAGGAUUUGUUUUUCUGACUACUCGACACAUCCCCUUAGGAGCCGCAUUCAAAACAACAAAAAAAAAAA